AUUAUGUUUUAACUGCCGUCUGCCGGAGUAUUCGUCAGUAAACCGCAUUUAGAGUUGCAUUAUUACAUUAAUCUUCUCCGAAACAAAAUUUUUAAUCGCUCACUCAUUUUAUUGCAACCCAGACUUUUCCCUCUCUCUCCUCUAAAACCCUAAAAUUUUCUAAAUCCCUGCCCAAAUCACUGUACUUUUCUUAAUCAAAUUGAUCGAAAAUCAUGGGAGAUCAGCUAGAAAGAUUAGGAUCAGAGGCAAUUUCAGCAGAAGAUGCAUCCUUGAAAAAUGAUCUAUGUAUGGAAAUUGAUCCGCCAUUGAUUGAAAAUGCUGCGACUGCUGAAGAUUGGCGAAAAGCGCUAAAUAAAGUUGUUCCUGCAGUUGUUGUUCUUCGUACUACUGCUUGUCGCGCUUUUGAUACUGAAUCUGCUGGUGCUAGUUACGCUACUGGUUUCGUCGUUGAUAAACGGCGCGGAAUUAUUCUUACUAAUCGUCAUGUUGUUAAACCAGGUCCAGUAGUGGCUGAAGCGAUGUUCUUGAAUCGAGAGGAGAUUCCUGUUUUUCCGGCUUAUAGAGAUCCUGUGCAUGAUUUCGGAUUCUUUAGAUACGAUCCGCAACAAGUUCGAUUUCUAGAAUAUGAAGAGAUCCCUCUUGCUCCCGAAGCUGCUUGUGUUGGGCUUGAAAUCAGGGUUGUUGGCAAUGAUAGUGGGGAGAAGGUAUCCAUUUUGGCUGGCACUCUUGCACGUCUUGAUAGAGAUGCUCCCCACUACAAAAAGGAUGGCUACAAUGAUUUUAACACAUUUUACAUGCAAGCGGCUUCAGGGACUAAAGGUGGUUCCAGUGGUUCUCCUGUUAUAGAUUGGCAAGGAAGGGCCGUUGCUUUAAAUGCUGGAAGCAAGUCAUCCAGUGCAUCUGCUUUUUUCUUACCCUUGGAACGAGUUGUCAGGGCACUAGAAUUUCUCCAGAAAGGCAGAGAUUUAUCUACAAAUAAGUGGCCUGCUGUUACCAUCCCUCGUGGUACGCUCCAGAUGACAUUUGUGCACAAAGGUUUUGAUGAGACAUUUCGGCUUGGUAUUCGAAGAGAUACGGAACUGAUGGUGCGACAAGCAUCUCCACCAGGAGAAACUGGAAUGUUGGUUGUUGAUUCAGUGGUUCCAGGUGGGCCAGCUCAUAAGCAUUUGGAAACUGGUGAUGUGCUUGUUCGUGUUAAUGGUGAAGUUAUGACUCAAUUCCUCAAACUAGAGACACUGUUAGACGAUAGUGUGAACAAGAAAGUUGAAAUGGAGAUAGAAAGAGGUGGCACUCCAAUGACAGUGAACUUGACGAUUCAAGAUUUGCACUCAAUUACCCCAGAUCACUUUCUUGAAGUGAGUGGUGCAGUUAUUCAUGCUCUGUCCUAUCAGCAGGCUCGAAAUUUCCGGUUUACUUGUGGUCUUGUUUACGUUGCAGAACCUGGUUACAUGCUGGUAAGAGCUGGAGUGCCUCGCCAUGCUAUCAUAAAAAAAUUUGCUGGACAGGAGAUAUCAUGCCUUCAGGAGCUGAUCUCUGUUCUCUCUAAGUUAUCUAGAGGUACUCGUGUGCCGCUUGAAUACAUAACUUACAUGGAUAGGCACCGAAGGAAGUCCGUCUUGGUAACUGUUGAUCGACAUGAAUGGUACGCCCCUCCUCGAAUAUAUACACGUGAUGACAGUACUGGUUUAUGGAUAGUGAAGCCUGCGAUACCGUCAGAGUCCCCACUUUGGUCAUGUGGUAUCAAUCACGUCAACGGCAGCACUAAAAGUGAUGCAGUGUCAUCAGAUAUUAGAGGGGUGUGUUUAAUGGACUAUACACUAGACGAUAAUCACCCAAAGCCGAUUGACGGUGCUGCAGUCAUGGAGACAAAAAAUGAUCUUACAUCUGAAGAUGCGAACACUGGAGAUGAAUCUGAUAUUGGGAAAAAGAAGCGAAAGGUAGAGGAGUGUUCAUUUGCUGAUGGCAUUGCUAAUGCUGAUGGUGCAUUGUUUGAACCUAGAGAAGAGACAUUGGUGGACUCAGGAAUUUCCGAGAAUAGUAUCCCAAGCGAUCAUCAAGGUGUGACGGCUGCAGUGUCCAAUGCAUCAGUUGCUGAACGUGUUAUUGAACCAACUCUUGUUAUGUUUGAGGUUCAUGUGCCACCAUCAUGUAUGCUUGAUGGUGUUCACUCCCAACAUUUCUUUGGAACAGGCGUCAUUAUUCAUCAUUCUCAAAAUAUGGGAUUGGUUGUGGUUGACAAGAACACAGUUGCAAUAUCUGCAUCUGAUAUCAUGCUAUCUUUUGCUGCAUUUCCUAUUGAAAUUCCAGGGGAGGUGGUUUUUCUACAUCCAAUACACAAUUUUGCUCUCAUUGCUUACAACCCUUCUGCUCUUGGUGCUGGUGCAGCUUUAGUGCAUGCUGCUGAGCUGCUUCCAGAACCUGCACUACGUCGAGGUGAUGCUGUAUGUCUCGUUGGGUUGAGCAGAAGUCUCCAGGCUACUUCCAGGAAAUCAAUUGUCACCAAUCCAUGUGCUGCUUUAAACAUUGGAUCUGCUGAUUGUCCACGAUAUAGAGCCAUUAAUAUGGAAGUUAUUGAGCUUGACACAGAUUUUGGCAGUACAUUUUCUGGCGUAUUGACCGAUGAACGCGGUAGGGUUCAAGCAAUAUGGGGGAGCUUUUCAACUCAGCUGAAAUAUGGCUCCAGUACGUCAGAAGAUCAUCAAUUCGUGAGAGGUAUACCAGUUUAUACUAUCAGUCAAGUCCUUGACAAAAUUUUGUCUGGUGCCAAUGGUCCACCUCUUCUUAUAAAUGGCAUUAGUAGGCCCAUGCCACUUGUCAGAAUACUGGAAGUGGAGCUUUAUCCUACCUUGCUGUCAAAAGCAAGGAGCUUUGGCCUGAGUGAUGAUUGGAUUCAAGCUCUUGUUAAGAAAGACCCUUUGCGUCGUCAAGUAUUGCGUGUCAAAGGUUGUUUGGCUGGAUCAAGGGCUGAGAGCAUUUUGGAACAAGGUGAUAUGGUUUUGGCAGUUAAUAAAAAGCCUGUGACAUGCUUUCGUGAUAUUGAAAUUGCAUGUCAAGAUUUAGACAAGUAUGAUGAAAGUGAUGGGAUGCUUAAGAUGACCAUCUUUCGCCAGGGAUGUGAAUUGGAAAUAGAAGUAGGUACUGAUGUUAGAGAUGGCAUUGGUACAGUUCGUGCUGUUAAUUGGUGUGGGUGCAUAGUUCAGGAUCCUCAUUCUGCUGUACGAGCUCUGGGGUUUCUUCCCGAAGAAGGCCAUGGAGUAUAUGUUGCAAGGUGGUGUCAUGGAAGUCCAGCGCAUAGAUAUGGUUUGUAUGCUCUUCAAUGGAUAGUAGAAGUGAACGGAAAACCUACGCCAGAUCUAGAUGCUUUUGUUAGUGCUGCCAAGGAACUAAAUCACGGAGAUUAUGCACGCGUGAGGACAGUCCACUUAAAUGGGAAACCUCGAGUGUUGACAUUGAAGCAAGAUUUGCAUUACUGGCCUACUUGGGAGUUAAGAUUUGAUGCAAACACCUCAUUGUGGCGUCGGAACACAAUCAAGGCCUUGGAUACCAUUAUUCCAUGAACAGUUUUACUGACCAGCAAGAUCACUCCGUAAGUGCACUCUACAAACAUGUGAAAUAUACCCUCGCACUGAUGGUACAUAAUUCAUCGAGCAUUCUUUUGGAGUCGACUUGAGAUGAUUAUGAGAAGAGUUCUGAGAUUAAUCAUAUGGUUCGAUUAUUUUUCAUGGCGAAGGAAACAUUUAAAAUUGGGAGGGCCGGGACAGUUGGUUUUCUUUAGUCAUGUUCUUGACUGCUUCCAAAAAUGCAUAAGCUAUUCAUGUAGAAGAGAGGGAAGGGAAUUAUCCGUUGAUGUUGCAUUUUAAAUUGUAUUUGAGGUACUUUAUUAUUGUGAUUUAUUAUAUCAUAAGGAGGUACACUUCUAGGUUAUUUUAGAAAUAACAAAUAUACUGUACUAUUGAAUAAUUCUCCUUUAUUGUAACUCAUAUAUACUUUUUUCAUUUUCAUAGAAGUACAACAUUUUAUUGUCA